CAACUAAUAGUUCCAAGUUGUCUGACAUCAUAAUUUCCUUUCUCCUUUCCUUAAGCUAGUCAGAGACAGACAGAGAACAGUAGAAGAAGGUAGGCUACUGGAGCAGUGCAGUGUAUCUGGACAUUUUACAUCUGGACUUCCUGAGAAAGAAUGGCUCUUAUGCAUACAAGCGACUCUGCUAAUUUCAGCACUGCGACUACAUUUGGAGACAAAAACAACACAGUGUGUCCUCAAGCAGAAAUCAAAGAUUGGCAGUGGACUGUGGUCCCGGCAUAUAUGCUGCUGAUCUGUGUGCUGGGAAUUGGGAUGAAUGGUUUUGUGCUGAUGGUUUUCUGCCUCCAUAAGAAGGCCUGCACCGUGGCUGAGAUCUACUUGAGCAACCUGGCUGCUGCUGACUUUUUCUUAAUGGCGUGUUUGCCUUUGUGGGCUGCAUAUGUAAUCAACAGAUAUGACUGGCCCUUUUCUCAUCUCCUGUGCUCACUGUUCGUCCUUCCCAUCAACAUGAACGCCUACUGCAGCAUCUACUUCCUUGUUCUGAUUAGCAUAGAUCGCUAUAUUGCACUUGUGCACCCGCUGUCCCAUAAAGGAAUAAGUAGGACAAAAUUUGCCAAACUGGCCUGUCUGCUUGUGUGGGGUUUUGGCUUGCUCCUGAGCGUCCCCACACUCGUGUACAGGAAAGUGGUCUACUACUCUCAUUUGAAUAAAAGUAUGUGCAUUCUUAAUUACACAGAUCCCAAGGAACAGCUCCUGUUUGACGGGAUGCAGAAUACAUUCGGCUUUAUCAUACCCGUUUGCAUCAUUUCCUACUGCACUCUCGUUAUUAUUAACUCUCUGAAUAACCGGUUAAUUGAAAGCUCAAACAGCCAGAAAACGGAGCAGAAGGCCACCACUCUGGUGCUGGUGGUCCUCUUGGCAUUUGUGAUUUGCUGGGUGCCACACCACGUGGUAAUGAUACUGGAAACACUCAGAAGAGCUGAAGUCCUGAGUGGAUGUAGCAUCAUCACCAAUCUAGAGAUCUGCCGCGCAAUCUUCAUGUACUUAGCUUUCUUCAACAGUGUUCUUAACCCCAUCCUCUACGUCAUUGUAGGAAGGAACUUCAGGGGAAAAGUCAGGAGUCUCUUCAAGCAAUGGAGCAUUAACAGAACAAUGACCGACCGCACCACCUCCACAGGCUCAAACCUGUUGAGAAGUGUUAAAACUGAAGUAAACUCAAUCUGAUCUGCAGGAUUGUUUUAAUGAGUUUUUUUGUUUUACAAUUUCACAUAAUGAAAUUGUUAGUCAUUUUUACAAAAGAUAAUAACCCUAUUUGAAGUAAUACUUAUGUUAUCUGAAUUCACAUUAAAUAAGACCCUGCUCAAUACUGUGAGGUUUGAACUCUCUCUUUGAUUGUUUGCGCCACAUGGGACAUACUGUAACCCUAAAAAACAAAAAAAGGAGGGAGGUCUUCUGGGGAACAUAAUUCGGCCUUCUUAAAGGACAAUUCCGGCGCAAAAUGAACUUAGGGG